AUGGCGGAAUUUCGACUUCAAGGAUCUGAAAUCGAUGGGAACGAGCCACCAUCCAUGCACCUUCCGCUUGAUCAAGCGGUGCCGAUUCGAUCGGAUCCGGUCUCAGCGCUGGCGAAAUCUUCCGUCAUUCACACAUCAUCAUCGUCAGACCGAGGCGGGACUCAUCAUGCCGCCAAUAUUGCAACCGGAGUUUACUAUAACGCUGGCUCCGGAAUGGAAGAGGAUAGUGAUGAGCAGCAGCAGCAGCAGCAGCAGCAGCAGCAGCAGCAGCAGCAGCAGCAGCAGCAGCAGCAGCAGCAGCAGCAGCAGCAGCACCACCAGCAGCACCAGCAGCAGCUUCCGCAGCAGCCAAGCAGCGCGUCAAUGCUGAUGCUGCAGCUCUACCGGAAUCCUGGAGCGUUCCCCACUGGCAGGGACCAUUUCCCCUCAACCGUCUCCCAAAGACAGCAUUUCUUCUCCACCAUCCCCCAGCAACAGCAACACCCGAUGUCCUUGCACGAUCCACGUGCCGCGUCUUAUCAUCCUAAUCACUCCAUUCCUCACCCACCAGGCCAGCUCUUCGCCCCAGCUGUCUACUCGGGCGCUGCAGCAGCACACAUGGUCCCAGGAGCAGCAUCUACGGGAGCAGCAACUCCUCCUGUCGAGGCAACUCAGGAUGUUUCUGCACGCGCAGCUGCAGCAGCACACAUGGUUCCAGGAGCAUCAUCUACGGGAGCAGCAACUGUUCCUGUUGAGGUAACCCAAGAUGUCUUCUCACGUACAGUUGCGGCAGCACAUGCGGUCCCGAGAGCAACAACUGUUCCUGUCGAGGCAACCCAGGAUGAUUCUGCACGCGCAGUUGCGGCAGCACACGCGGUCCCAGGAGCAGCAUCUCUUGCUGCUGAGGCUACACAGGAUGUUUCCGCACUCGCAGUUGCAGCUCGCGGCGAGGUUCUGGAAGCACCACUCCCUGCAUCAGAACGCCACCAGCAGCAGCCAGCUGCCUGUUCCCCUGAGAUUGCACUUCCUGCUAUGUUUCAGCCUGGAGGUCUAAUUGCUUCAUCUGCAGCAGCUGCUGCUAACAUGGGGCCCAUUCGCGGAAUGGGAUCAGCUGCUGGUGCAACAGCUGUUUUUCAACUGCUCAAUUAUCAGCUGCCCGGUUUUCAGGUGCCCGGGAGGCCUCUCCCUCCGCCACCUGUCAUCACACACACAUGGGCGGGGCGAACGUUGCCGCAGCCUGCUGCCUCCGCCUGCCCCCCUGCUGUCACAGCUGGUACCAUCCCCAUAGACUUUGUUCAAGCUCCUGCUCCUGGCAAUGGCUCGUUUGAGGAUGACUCAGUAUCUGCAUCUUCAUCAUUUCCGUACCCUGGGGAUGUAGGGUUCGGUGGAAACACUAUUGCUGGGGUUGCUGCUGCUGCUGCUGCUGCUGCUGCAGCUGCUGCAGCUGCUGCCACCGCCGCUGAAAGUUGUGGUGGUGCUCUGGAGAUGACUGAUCACCAUGCUUACCGUGCUGACAAUGCUGACAACUCCGCUGAUUCAGACUCUGCUGCUUCGGCAAGGGCAAGUGGGCAGCGCAGCACAAGCCUGAGAGGUCCAGACCCGUAG